AGCCUCAUCUUGUCUCACGCAAGACACCCUCAUUAACCAUCGUUCCUAACAGACAGCGCCUCAUCUCCAGAACAUGCUAUGAAGUAGCACAACGGCUUGUGUCAUGGCACCGAGCGGACCAGAAGAUUUGUCUUCCAUUGCGACCCAUGUCCGGGCGUGUUUUGCCGGCUUCCAACAGGCUUGCAGCAGCCUAGCUCAAGCUAAUGUAGCCAUUAAAUGCAAAAUACCUAGAGGCAGCAUCAGUGAUGAGCUCGGGCGCUUUCGACUGUGGUGUGCUAACCUUGCAGCUCAUCGCAAGGGCAAGAGCUCGUUAGACUACAAGCUCCGCGAAGCAUCACAUAUCAAAGACAGGGUAAUCGAGUUGCUACAGAGCCUCGAGACGGUCAUACAAGAAGCGACUGAGAUUAUUAGUGGCGAUAGGACCCCUUGGGAAGAUCUCUCGGAUUCAGAAUCCGAGUUUUCGGAUGAUGGCCUGACUGAUCCACGUGCUGAACAGUCCGGGACGACUGAGCUGCAACAGCUUGUGUCAAAUAUGUCUGAGAUUACUACCUGUCUGAUGCGUUUGUCAAUGGCUAUUCGAAAUCCCGCUCCGCACGACCAAUUCAAAGCAUCUACCAAAAUUGACACCUCUCACUUUGAGACAUUUGACAUCGACCAUGUCCGAGGAAAGUUCCCUAGAGCGGAAGAAUGGCUCAUCAUUCGACUAGGGAAAGCGAUAUCCCGCAGGAGGCAAUAUCUUCGUUACCGUGACGAGCACCGAAAGAAGCUAGAGCAAGGCCUGGAACCCGCCGAAGUCACUUCUGUGGUCGGCGUGGCUGCGACUACAAUAAUCGUUCCCUCUGAGAGAAUCGAGAGUACGGUCGCUUCAUCGAUACCUCUUGCCAUCAAAGCUACUAGUUCGGUUGCAGAUUUAGACCAAGAGGACUAUUAUGAGGACACGCUGUCCCAGACCUCGUAUGCAUCAUCGACCAACGACGCGGCGAAAUUGCGACCCCCUCCUCUUCCAGAGCAAGGUCAAGAUGGCGAUCCAUUUGAAUGUCCUUUGUGCUUCCGAUUCACAUCAGUCCGACACGCAGUUGCAUGGCAGUAAGUUUUUUUUCGAUCUAGUUUGAUGGGUUAUAAGUCAGCACAUCAAGCGCAUUCAUGCUUCCUGUCAUCUGCACGAAGUAUCUCGGCUAAACAAAACCUUGGUCUGCGAUCAAACAACAAGGUUGGCAGAAGGGGCUAAAGAAUUUGAAUUCACAGAGGGAGACCUAUAGAGUUGUAUUCUCCUAGCUUUGCAGCAUGACUCUUCCCUUUACUCUUACCAUCUUCUGACAACCUCUAUUUCGUCUAGCCAC